CCUACCUACUAUGUAGAUUGAACGUAAGAUCUUAUGUCUUAUCCUGUCCUUUCCUCGCACUGAAAAUUGAUCGGCUGACUUCUUCCUCACAUCCCAAUGAAUCUAUGAUAUUUCCAAAAGACCUAAAAUCUAAUUUGAAGACUCCAACACCUAAUUAUAUCUCCAGUCAAUCCGAGCAACCACCUUCAUCCCUUGUCACAAUAAUCUACCUACCCUACCCCAUCCUUCCUUCCAUUUUCGAUCCUUGCCGUCCGCUAUCAAUUUUGCAGUAGCGUCUCGCUGUGCAUAUACGCCCAUCCAGGUAUCUCUCUGUGAUCUCCGAAUUCAUGGUCUUCACACUUUGAUCAUUUCUUUUCCAUCAAAUCAGAUGGUAAAAGAGAUAUUGUCUAGCAUUACGUACAUGUUGCAUUUGCGGAGAUGGACAUGGAGAAAUGCACUUUUAAGUUGAGUGAUUUAUACCUACAUCUACGUAUACCUAAAUACCUCUAGUUGUAUAUCUAGACACAGGGAAAUGGGAUCAUUGACCGGGUACGUCGACGAAUAUGCAGAUCAUGAGGAUUAGUCGAUUGUUUAUAAUUACCCAUUAGUUGGAAAUUUGGAAUAAAAGUACGGAGUACAACUGAGAAUACCGAGAUGUUGCAAAUCUUGCAUGGUAAUGGUAUUUGAAAAUGGGAAGGGAGGAAACCUGAGCAGAUUUCCUUGCCUAGGUUAAAACCUGCACAUUUUGAAUGAGAGGGAGAAAAGGUAAGAUUAUAGUAUCAUGAUGAGCAACCACCCGCUAUCUUUUGUUGAAGUCUAGAUUACUGCAACUGCGUCAAGCGACGUGCCUGAAUUAGUUGGAUGUCUUGUUUACAUUUUGGAGGGAAUAUUGGAUACUGGGUUUAGAAGGAUCUUUAACUCAGAGCCUUCUCUGGCAGCCGUGAACAGCAUUAUCAUUGUGACCACUAGCCUAGUACACACUCUUCUAUCUUAUCUCUGAUCAAUAAUACCAGAAGCACCCUUCCACGGCAUCACCACAUCCUUCAUCAGUAACUUCAAGCACGUGAUAACCAUGUGCAACCCAGCGGAACUUGUUUCGGCAAUCUCGGUUCCCGGCCAUCCUGUCAAAUACCCCUCGGUCCUAACACAAGACAAGUACAAAAAACGAUAUUAACACAAAUACUGCAAAUACCAACAAAAAGUCAUAUGUUCGUUACACGAUGCUUCUCCCCACGGGUAUUCCUCAAAGUCUCAACUCAAUACACAAAACAUUCACAAAUAUAACACCAAAUCAAUCCCUCGGUAUUCCAAUAUCGAUAUCGCUCUUUGCCGGCUUAGCUACCACUUCAUUACUUUUUUAUACCCUCCGCGAUAUUCGCACAACUACAGAUCCAGACGUCAUCAAAACUACCUUAUCAAAAACAAAAACAAAUUCGAAAUCGAAAUCUAAGAUAAUUCCCAGUCCUCUCAUCACCCAAAUUCCUACUCUGUCCCAAGAGGAAAUAUCCAAAUUACCGUAUCCGCCGGAUAUAUUCCCCGGAGCGCGUGAUAUUCCUAGUCCCGUUCGUAAAUUCCCAUCUAGAGAUACCUAAUAUCCUAUAGCUACGAACUAACCAAUACCCCAGUAUGGCAGUAUACGUGCGUAUGAAUUUGGGCCUGUAGACGGACCCAAAAUUCUGCUCAUCCACGGGAUUUCCACCCCCUGUAUUUCUCUGCAUUCUCUCGCUACGACACUCGCUUCCUCGCACGGAUGCAGAGUUCUCCUUUUCGAUCUUUUCGGGAGAGGUUAUUCGGAUGGUGUGGCCGAUUUACCGCAUGAUGAGAGACUUUACUCGACGCUGAUUUUACUCGUUCUUGCUUCUUCGUCGUUAUCGUGGGUAGCGGAUGGAUUUCAUAUUCUUGGGUUUUCGAUGGGUGGAGGUAUUGCGGUGGAUUUUGCAGUGGCGUUUCCCGGGUUGGUUAAGGAUGUGAUUCUUUUGGCGCCGAGUGGUUUGAUUAGAGAGUAUCAUUUUGGGUGGAUGGGGAAGAUGAUGAGGAAGUGGUGGGUUCCUGAUGGGUUGGCGGAAUGGAUUUUGAGGAGGAGGGUUAGGGGUGGUUAUUCGGGAGUUUCGAAUCCUGUUUCUUCUUCCUCCUCAUCUAAGGAUAUACAAAAUGAGAAUCAGCAGGGUCAACUUGACUCGGAACUCAUAACGAUCAUUCCGGCUUCUCCUAUUGCAAAGCAGGAUAUUAAGGUCUCGUUUGAUGAUUCACUUAUUUCCCCCUCAAUACCAUAUACAACAGUAGGUCAAGUGAUGCGUUGGCAAACAAAUCAACAUCAUGGAUACGCAAAUGCAUUUGCAAGUUCAAUUAUGCAUGCGUCGGUUUCGGGUCGUAGUGAUACGUGGAGAAAGUUAUGGGGGUCUUGUGGUGAUAGUAUAAUGAGAGAAAAAGUUAAAAAUAGCAAAAGAGAGAAAAUUUUAGUAGUAGUGGGGGAAUUUGAUGAUGUUAUACUAGCAGAAGAGUUAAAAGAGGAUUUGAAGGGGGUGGUGGAAAGUAUUUGGGCUGGGGCUGGGGCUGAUGGUGAUGGUGAUGGUGAUGGGAAGAAGAGUAUGCAAUUUGAAGAGAAGAUUAUGUGGAAAGUUGUUGAGGGGGCUGGUCAUGAGUUUCCGAUUACGAGGGGAGAGGAGGUGGCGGGGUAUAUUGGGGAGUUUUUGUUUGGGUGAGAGGGCGUGGGAAUGUGGUUGUGUAUCUGGUUUAUUGAUUUAUUUUUUUAGAUGAGUGGACAUGCUGUAGAUCUUACUAAUUAGAAAUGAGUAUCGGAUUAGAAUGGUGGUUUAGUCUAGAAUGUAGAUAGCUUAUGCGUAGAGGGUAGGUUUUUACACUUAAUUAUUGAUAUGGUUUGAAAUACCUAUAU